GAAUCUACAACGCCCGAUGACAGUGGCAUUCGGGAGGAAUUUUCUUCUUCUUCAACUCUAACUGUUAAAACUGUUUACCCAACCUUUGGGGAACAUCUGUUUUUUACAAUCUAAGUGCUGUGCUUUUCUCCUUGGUGACAAAUGGCCGAAGGCGACGCGUCCCAAAAUACCUCGAGGAAGAGGUCAUCUCGGGCUUGCGAUUCAUGUAAAAUUCGGCGGUCGAAAUGCGAAGAUAUAAAAGAGAUAUCAGGCGUAGGACCGACAUGUAAGGCCUGCCGGGAAGAGAACCAAGAGUGUCUAUAUACGCUACCUGUGCGAAAGAGAGGGCCUGCUCGAGGUUUCAAGAAUCACAUAAAUCAAAGCUCCCAGAAUGUCGAAGGCUCUCAACAAAGCCAAGCUCAACAUUCAGGUUUCUCUGGAUCAUCAGUUUACUAUGGACAAGAUCAGGCUAUACGGAGAAACAGUGGAAGUCAUUCGCCAGUUGCAGACUCUUCUAAUCGGCCUCACAUACUCUUGCGGCAAGUAGAGCCAUUCUUUGGUAUUCCAACGAAUAUGGUCGAUCGGCUUUUGGCUGUCUAUUUCACACAUGUUCACAAUGUCUGGCCAUUGAUUUGUAAACCUGUAUUCAACCCACAUCACACCUCCGCCCAUCUCCUCCUUUCUAUGCUGGCCGUAGCUGUCUGCGUCGCACCUGAAGGUGCUGCCGACGGCUUUAAUUCUGAAACUCUAUUUGUUAUGGCAGAACGAGCCUUGCUUCAAAGGCGGAUGGAGAUCAGGGUCGACAUCAUUCAGAGUUUCGUGCUGAUGAGUCUGAGACAAACGGGAUGCGGAGAUAAGAAAAGCGCAGCCGUGUAUGCAAAUAGAGCGUCGACUAUGGCGUUCAUUAUGGGGUUGCAUUUGGAUCCGGGAACGCCACCUGCCGGAUCAGGCCAUGCGAAGACUGCGCUGACAUAUGAACAUGAUACGAGGGCAAGGGUGUACUGGAACUGUUAUGUUCUCGACAAAGUCAUAGCUGAAGAAACGGGCCGGCCAUUCAUUCUACCAUACCGACGCUCUUCUAUACCCUUUCCGAGCAUUAACGAAGUCGAUGAGCUCGAAGCGUGGCCACCUUUGCCCAUGUCUUCAGCACCUCUACCCCAAUCGGUUCGACAUGUCAAUCCUAAGCGAGGCUAUGUGAUGAGCUGUUUUGUUUGGACAUGCCGAAUGGCUAUGCUCGUUGAGGAGAUACUGGACUUAGAGAUGGAAGGUCCGAAUCUUCAAGGAAGCUCGGAAUGGUGGGACAGGCAAUUUUCAGAAGAGGCAGGCCAGAGGAGGCAUUUAGGACAAGAAAGAGAGAGAAUCGCGAGACAACUGACCCUGUGGAAACAAUCUUUACCGUCAUGGCUCGAUGUGGACACAAAGAGUGAAGCUUCUCCUUUACCUCAUCAUGUGGUGGGGGUUACAUGGUACCAUACCUCGCGCAUUCUUCUUUACUCUCGCUUCCUCAGAAGACAUCCCGUCGCUUCUUCUCCGACUACUGGUGAAGACGACACCAGAGCUUUCCAUGCCAUAUGCUCAGAUGCAGCCCAGGCUGUUGUGGACCUUCUGAGUAUGUUGGAUAAGCAUCGUUUGUUGCAGCAUGUCAGCUCCGAUAUCAUUCAUUUACUGAGUUUGACAACUCUAUUUGAAGCCUAUGACUCUGUUUCAAGUGACCCGGCUUUGGCCAACCGAGCCAAGAUCAACUUCUCACAGUGCUGCCUAUGGCUACGGGAAUUUUCCUCUUCUUGGGCUUCUGCCUCUGCCCACCGAGUAUUCUUUGAAGGUCUCAUUCGAGGCGGUCUACACCUGUCAUCGCCAGAAGACGACCAACGCGGUACAAAAGAUCAAAAUGCAGGCCAAAUAGAGCCUCCGCCCUCCAUCGAGGACGGCUUGCGCGCUGUGCGACAGCAAUUUACUUCCAAUGGCCCCCAGCAAGCCUAUGCCAUUCCCACGUUGAUGGAAAACCCUACAGAUCUAGCGCCCGUUAAUCUUUUCCAGCUUCCACAGUACUACUGGAAUCACUUGUCGGUCAAUGAGUCUGAUGCCAACCAAUUUCCAGAUCACCCUACACCUGAACGGAACUCGACCAAUCUGCAGUUUGUGCAGAGUUCCGAACCCAGUCAUCUUCCUGCAACAUCUCCAAUAACACAGCUUAACCACCUUCCUUCAGACCCAGCUGCUUCGGUAUCUGCUAAUAAAAACAUGAGGGCGAGAUGGGACUCACGGUUGUCAGGAGAGACCAGGCCAACUGACAUAGAAAGUCUGAAAGAUGACCAUGUAGAAGGUGAACAUUUUGUCAACCCCAUGAGUGGGGUGGACCAAAAUGCCAUCUAUUCGGCCUUGAUGACUUACAUGGUGGAUGCUAUAAAAGGCGGAUCAUAGCGUAUACUGUAUCCGGUUUGUCAGUUGUAUUGUUGGAAUCAUGUAGCCUUUUAUCUUUUUGCAAUCUUGCGAUGAGCAAUUUCGGCUAUUGUAUUAUCUGUUAAUUCUUUGUCUAGCGUCCUGUCAUUCUCUUUAAUUGAUGCACCACGCACGCAUGCAUGACA